GCAACGAUAAGCAUGUUGAUAAUUUAUCGUUAUUUUUUUACACUAAAAUAUUGCGUUUAAGGAUUUCAUUGAAUAAAGAAAAGUCUAGUCUAAUUUCGGAGUGACUUUGUCUUAUAAAAUCUUUCAUUGUUUGCCCAAUGUAUAAACUGUGUGUUCUACUGAACAAAGAUUUUUGAAAAUCACAAGCGAUUAGGGAUUUUUCCGCAAAUAUAGCACUCUCCCUCUAUAGUGUCAACAAACAAAGGACCCACGUCACGCAUUUUCCGAGCACUUAUUUGCUGCCAGGGGAAAGCCCACGCCUCAAUCCCUGCUUGAACAGCAGUCAACAAAGAGUACAAAGAAGAGCUGCAAGCACUGCGAAUCCGACGGCGUUUGUUUUCUUAUUUAUAGCAGUACGCCGAGUCGUCGGAAGUUUGAAAAUUUAAGAAAGAAAACAAAAGAAAAACAUGACACAAUCAAAAUAUAAACUCAGCAAUGAACUUCUUGGACACAUUAACGAAGUGCGCAGUUUGGCUGUUUUCAAAGAUGGUAGCAUAGUUUCUGUAUCAAAUGAUAAGACUGCUAGAUUCUGGAAAGUAGCAAACUGGACCUAUUCAGAAUGUGUAAUAAUGAAAGGCCACUCAGACUCACUAUGUUCGGUAUGUGUUAUAGAACCUAACAAAAAAAAUCCAACUGGAUUUAUUGUAACAGGUGGCAAUGAUAAAGCUAUCUGCAUUUAUUAUCCAGGCGAGGAAGAGCCAAUUCACAUAGUCAGUGCACAUGAAAAUACUGUAUAUUGUUUGAAAGCCAGUAUUGUGGACCAUGAGUCCUUUUUAUCAUGUUCAUCAGAUCAUACAGGAAAAUUAUGGGACUUGUAUGAUUUAACUAAACCAAAGUCUACGUUCCUAGGUCAUGAUCCAAUUAGUUAUAUUUAUUGCAUUGCAGAUUUAUUGAAUGGCUAUGUUGUCACAGGUGGAUCUGACAAUACUGUGAUUGUAUAUGUUAGAAAUGGUAAAGUUUUACAUAAACUUAAUGGGCAUACAGGUUGUGUAAGAGAUAUAGCACCAGUAAAUGAUUAUCAGUUCUUAUCUUGUGGUAACGAUGCUGUAACCAAACAUUGGAAUGCUAAUAGCGGUGCUUGUUUGGGCACUUACUCUGGCCACACUAGUUGCAUCUAUAGUAUAUCAACUCUUUUUAGUGGUAGCUUGGCUGUUUCUGGUGGGGCGGAUAAGACUGUUAGAAUAUGGAGAAAUGGUGCAUUAAAACAAACUAUCCUAUUACCUGCUGAAUCUGUAUGGAGUGUUAAGUUGUUGCCAAAUGAAGAUCUGGUCUGUGGCUCAUCUGAUGGAGUUGUUAGAAUAUUUACAGUCAAUGAACAGAGAUACAUUGAUGCAAAAGCUAUGGAGAAAUUUGAACUGGCUGUGCUUGAGAGAAUCAAGAAAAGUAAUACGAAUAAACAGUUGGAAAAAGAUGAGAGCAAUGAACCACUUUCACCUCAAACAACAGAACUGUCUCAACCAGGCGAAAAAGACGGCGAUACUAUGAUAAUAAAAAAGAACCAUAAAGUGCUGGUAUACAGGUGGUCUCAACAAGCAUUUCAAUGGAAGUUUGUUGGUAAUGUUAUAAAAGACGAAGCAUCAACUUCUUUAGGGAAGGCUACACAUAACGGCGUGCAAUAUGACUAUGUAUUUGCCGUCGAUAUAAAAAAGGAUGUUCCAUUGUUAAAAAUACCGUAUAACAGAGGACAAGAUCCAUAUGCAGUUGCACAACAGUUUUUAUUUGACAAUGACCUGGAUCCAAGAUACUUAAAUAGGGUAGCAAAUUUUAUUACAACCAAUGUGCAAAUAACCCCGAUUUUGAAUGCAGAAUCACAAUGUAGUGAUCCGUUCAUAGGAGGCAGUAGAUAUGUAUCAAAUUCUUUUCCAACAACGUUGAUAGGAAAAAAUUCCAACACAGAACAAUCGUAUAUCCCGCAUACGAGCUAUUUGAAAUUAGAGCAAGGGAAUAUCAUUGCAAUUCAUGAUAAAUUAAAGGAGUUCAAUGCCAAAAAUAAAGAGGGAAUGGAAAAUAUUCCAGAUGAGAAGUUAGAGUCGGUAGUUAAGUUGAUAAACGACAAGAAUCCAAGGACAAUCGAAGAAGAAGUCAAUAACUUGAAAUCUCUCUUGAAUUGGCCGGACGAGUUGGUAUUUCCGGCUCUUGACAUUGCCCGUUUAGCAGUUCUACGGAAAGACGUGAAUGAAAUGUUUUGUUUGAAUGGGAUUAUGAAUACAUUGAAACGUCACUUCCAGAAAGAUGCCGAAGCACCGAAUCAGAUGCUGACGUACAGGUUACUCGCGAAUCUUUUCUCACAUGAGGCAGGCGAACAAUUCUGUUUACAGUGCAAAAAUGAAGUACUGACGGCAACGCGUGAUCUAACUAAAUUCGAUAGCAAAAAUAACGAAGUUGCUGUAUCAACAUACAUUCUAAAUUUAACAGUUGCACUUAAUAAAUACAACGACGUACUUGGCAAGCUGCAAGCGCUUAGCGUCAUUAUGAAGCUGCUUGAAAUUCUAAAAGAACCAGAGGCUAUGUUUCGUAUUCUUGUGGCACUUGGAUCUCUAAUUGUAGGAACUUCAAACGCUACUGAAAAAAAUGGAUUUGUUAAUUCUGCUAAACAAUCUAAGGCUGUGCUGAAAGCAUUAACUAUACACUUGAAUGGUCUUAAUUCUUCAAAAGUUCCUACAAAGCUUUUGAGUGUUAUCAGACACAUUCACGAGCUCAUUAAAUAGUGAAAUCAGAUUUUGUAUUUUUUAUAAAAAAAAGAUUUUACGAUGAUUUUAUGACGACUAAUGAAGCAUUGUAUAAAUGUUUAUUAUUAAGAGCGAUCUAUUUUAUUAUAAAGUAAAAUUUUAUAUAAGUUGACAUAUGAUA